GUGCUCUUCAGCUUCUGUUCAGCUGAGCAUAUAUGUAUCUAUACAGAUAUAUACAUAAAUAAAUAUAUAUAUUCCAUGGUAUUCGAGUUCUAUACGUCCAGCAUUCCGCCCCGUCUCAGCCUUCUUCCUACUCUACUACGUACUUUCCUCGAAGGAUGAACUUCCCCCCUGCCUCUUUGAGACAUAAUAUCAUCACCAGCCACAUUCCUAUGCCCUCCUUCUCGUGUUAACUUCCUCCUCAGCUCUGAAUCACCUGCAGCAUCAUACUGAAUAUUACCAAAGUAGGGGAUCAUCUGCGGUAAGCGCUAAACUGUUCUCUCUGGAGUAUGAGUACUUAGGCUCUGGGGUGCAAGCAUAUCCUUGUGGCUGCCUGUCUGUCAACUCACGGAACAGUGCAAACAGCGUCGGUAUAAGUAUCACUUCAUUUCACCAACAUAUCGCGGCUGGGACACCGCCAGUUCCAACACCCACCACUUCAAGAUGCCUGCCAUCACCACCACAGAUGAGAACCCCCCGCCCUUCAUCCCCCUCUCCAAGCCCAGCGCACCACUAGCCUACACAUCCUCGCCCUGGCAACUCCUCCGCUCCGACUUCAUAACCUUCAUCCACCUACUCCCCUCCAUCUUCUCCAUCAUCACGCCCUGGCGCCCCUGGCCGACCGGAUUCUACGAUGAACUCUACCCCUCCCCCGGCAACAUCUUCUCCAUCUUCAACCACGUGAUCCUCUUCAUCACACAGGGGCUCUUCAUCCUUUCCACGCCGCUCUGGCUGCUUUUCCCCCUGUGGAUGGUGGCGCUCUACGUCUUUGUCUUUGUGUUACUGAACAGGCUCUUCUGUUACUGCCUUAACGGCUCCCAGGGGACGUUUGAAUCCAACCCCGCGGUGCUGAAACACCUCGGCGCACACGCAGACGAGGAAUGGAUAUUCAUCAACGGCGUAGCAGUCGGGAGGCACUGGAUGCAAGCUAACAUCGACCGGCUAUCCCUCACCUUCCAGCGUCCCGUCCGUGGCGCACACAACCGCACAGCCGGCAUCUUAUUCGAUGUCAUCCAGUGCCUAAUCGAGCGGACCUUCGACUACUGCACGAACGACGUACGGAUCUGCUACGAGAUCCUGCGCGUGGCGAUGCUGAGCCCCGUCAACAAAGUGGUGUUGAUCCUGCACUCCCAGGGCGGCAUCCAGGGGGGUCUUAUCGUCGAUUGGCUGCUGGAACAGUUGAGUCAGGAGAAGUUGAGUAAACUGGAGAUCUACACUUUUGGGUGCGCGGCGAACCACUUCAAUAACCCGAGAGUCUCGGCGAAACCGACGGCGAGGCAUCCUACGGCGAGCGCGAUAUCGUAUAUUGAGCACUACGCUAAUGAGCGGGAUUUUGUGUCGAGAUGGGGGAUAUUGCAUAGUAUCAACCCUCUCCCUGCAGUCGCAAAGUCGAAAGCUAUGAAGACUGAAGCCCUCGCUGCCGCAGGGGGAGAAGUGGCGAUCGAAGCCGGGAAAGCGAGAGGAGGGUAUCAGGGACGCGUCUUUCAGAUUCCGGAGAGUGGACAUUUGAUGAACCAGCAUUAUCUUGAUCGCCUGUUUCCGCUGGAUAAGAAGUUGAGGGAGGUGACGUUGGAGGAGGGAGGGGUGUGGGAUAUGCAUGUGCAUUUUGGGGAUGAUGGCGGAGAGGGGGGAGGGCACGAGGAGAAGUUUGUUAGGGUGUCGGAUGCGAGGUAUCCGUUUACUUCUUUUGAGAUCAACGGGAAGAAAGGGGAGACGUCGUUGCAUCCGCCGUCUAUGCCGGUGGCGGCGGCUUCGAAUGGGGAGUUGGCGGUGGAGAUUGAUGUGGAUGAGGUCUGGAAAAUGCCGAGGGAGGUGGCGGGGUUGAAGGUGAAAGAUCUGAGUCGGCUGUAUAUGUACGUUAAUGGAGGAAGUCCACCGGAUUCGCCUGUUGAGUCGAGGCGAUCGGUUACUUUCUAGAGCUGGGGCUCCGGACGGGGAAUUGCAUGGAGAAUCGAGGAGGGUGCUUGCAGCGGCUAUUAGUGAUACCAAUUUAGAUUUACACGGCGGGCUAUCGUAUUUGCACGUCUGUGUCGUCGAGCGGAUGUCUCGGACGGCAUGGAAACGAAGAUUGCCAAACAGGCGUUUAGUAAUAAAUGCAACUACAUACAUAUUUUCCAAAUUGCACUUUAAUUAAAAAUAGCAUCUAGCAACGCCGUGCAUUCAAAGCAGAGUGUUUAUAGAUCCUACA